UUCAAACCAAUUAUACAAAACUAUUAUUUGAUGACGAAAGGAACCAAUGUUUGCUCAUGUUUUAAAAGCCAUGUUCAUAUUAAACCUCUAAGAACAAUUGUGUAAACAUUGAGUAAUGUUAUAGCAGUCCGAUACUGAAUAUACUAUUAGUAUAACUACCUUCACCAAUAUGAUAAAUAUGUAUUAUUUAACGUCUUGCAUUAUUAUUUCUAUUAUAUGCAAAAAUGUGAAUUCACAAUAUAUUUACGAAACCGACAUGAAUUUUCGUGUGGAUCCUGGAUCGCGGACAUGUUUCUUUGAACAUGGUAAAGUUGGACAAAUGAUGGAGGUGCAUUACGAAGUUUUAGAUGGACAACAUGGCGAUUUGGAUAUUUCUUUCGAUAUAUUAGAUCCAAACGGUGUGAAGCUAUUAUCAGAUUAUAAAAGAUCUCAGAAUACGUUCAUAAUGGAAUUGGAGCAUGAGGGUGAAUAUGUAUUUUGUUUGGACAAUUCGUAUAGUAUUAUGAAUUCUAAACUCGUGUUUGUCGACGUGCUGAUGGAGAAUAAAGAUAUGGAAGAAGAGUCUACUGUUGUGGGUGAAGGUGAAGAGUUGGAGGAGAUAAUACAAUGGAUGGGUGUCGACGAGGCGGGUGUAACAUAUUAUGUUGACGUAUCGAACAUAACGGAAACAUUGAUGCGUAUUCUCAAGUCUGUGGGUCAUGCGCGACAUCAGUUGUACCGGUACGGCGCUAUGAAGUCACGUGACAGCUACAUCGCAUUCGAAGACACCUUCAUUGUGGACAUGUGGUCAAGUUUUCAAAUAACUUUUAUGUUCAUUGUUGGAAUGUUACAGGUUUAUAUGAUAAAGAAACUUUUUAAGAAUCCAUGUUAUGUCAAUAAACACUAAUUUUUCAUUACAAUAAAAAUAGACUUCAUUAUGUUAUGUCCUGUGUUUU